AUGGAGUCCACCGAAAACCAAUCAAGUUUUCUGCACCAGAUUAUACCUCCGCGUCUAGAAGACGCAGGUCUCGAAGAUCCCGCGCUUCCUCCAGAAUUAAUCCACGAAGCGUUUCUCAAAGCCGCCGCCGCGGUGAAAUCAGGCGCCGCCUCAAUAUUCUCCAGCAACGAUGAUUGCCUCGACGAUCCCACGCCUGCCGAAGACGACGUGUCUGAUGUUGUGGAUGUGAUCGAGCCGGAGAAUAAAGCGCCGGGACCGUGUGUGGAUGGAUUGCAAGGGUUGGAUAUUAAGGAGAAAGAGGGUUUGAAGGAAAGUGAAGAGAAAGAGAAAAAAGAGAAGAAACCUAUCUUGGUUGGAAGCUAUGUCUGA